UAACGUCAAUGAAAAUGCACCAGUCAGUGUUCCUGCUGGCCGUAUUUGGUCUCGUCCUCUCAUACUUUGGGACUGAAACAAAAAAGGUGCAAGAAUCAGCUGACCUAGUUUUCCUAAUUGAUGGAUCAAGGAAUUUGGGAAGUGGUGAAUUCCAAUUCAUACGUUCUUUCAUCACAAAUUUCAUUGAAGAUCUCAAUAUUGGCCCUGAUGCUAUCCAAGUUGGCAUGGUGCAAUACAGUAAGACGCCCAGUACCGUGUUCUAUUUAAAUACAUAUACUACAAAAUCAGAAGUCCUCAAUGCUGUUAAAAACCUUCGGCAGAAAGGUGGAAAUGAAGCCAACACUGGAAUGGCCCUUCAGUUUCUGGUUGACAAUCAUUUUACUCCGACGGCUGGGUGUAGGGCUGAGGAGGAGGUUCCUCAGGUAAUGGUCCUCCUCACUUCAAGACAGUCCAGUGAUGAUGUCAGACGAGGGGUGUUUUCAAUAAAAAAGCGUGGCACCUUUACAUUUGUUCUUGGGGUUAGAAAUGCUGAUGCAGCCGAAGCCAAACAGAUAGCGACUGACCCUUCAUUUUCUAUGCUCAUCCCUGAUCUCCGCCAAAUGGCUAGCACACAAGAACAGCUAAAGUCACUGUUUUCGUUAGUGGCCAGCAAACAAUUGAUUAUGCAGGUGGAAGAACCUCAGGUUGAAGUUCAAAUCCCCCAAAGGGACAUCGUAUUUCUGAUUGAUGGCAGCUCCAGUGUGGGACAUGCUAACUUUCUGAAAAUAUGCAAAUUUAUCUCAACUAUAACUGAAAACUUUAUCAUUGGACCAGAUUCUGUGCAAGUGGCAGUGGCACAGUACAGCGAUGUUGCAACGACUGAAUUUCACUUAAAUACCCACGCGUCACAAUCUGCUUUACAAGCUGCCCUGAAAAAUCUCAGGUUGAGAGGUGGUUGGACACUUAACACUGGCGCAGCUCUCGACUACAUCUAUCGAAACCAUUUCACCAGAGGUGCAGGAAGUAGGAAAGAAGAUGGCGUUCCCCAGUUUGUGGUGCUCAUUACUGGGGCAAAAUCUAAAGAUGAUGUGAAGCAACCGGCAGAUAUUCUGAAGCGUUCUGCCAUAAUGACUUUUGCCCUAGGAGCCAGGAAUGCAGAUCAAGCAGAGCUAACAGAGAUUGCAAUUGACCCCAGUCUCGUUUUCAAUGUGGCUGAAUUCGAUUCUCUACCAGACAUACAGGAAGAAGUCCUGAGACUGUUGUCAACAUUGGCUGGUGUAACUAUAGUUUACGAGCAACCAAUUGCUUCAGUUAAAACAGGUAUCCAAAAGUUUAGCAGCCACUCUGAUCUGUUUUGAUUGCAGCAGCAAGAAAUUUGCUAUGCAGAAACUUAAUAUGCAAUAAAGCGUUCAGACUUUCUAAACUGAAACAGUAUUAGGGAAACACAUUCUGGAAAAAAAUAUUACUUGCUUUUGCAAUUCCCACAUUCAUUUUAAUGAAGCAUUCCUUUCGGAAAUGAAUAUUAACUGUGGGUUUCCCUCUUGAGGUCGCU